AUGUCGGAUAAAAUAGAUCAACAAAUGUUAGAUGAGAUGAAUGACGACACUAUGGUUUGGGAGAAGAAUCGGUUGAAGACAUUCAAGAGUUGGUCCAUAACUGAUGGCAAGUGUACCAAAGAGCAGAUGAGUUCCUGUGGUUUCUAUCGAUACAAUGGCGGCGAUUCUGUCCGUUGUUUCUGUUGUUUCAAAGAGUUGGACGGAUGGCAGCCAUCGGACGACCCCUGGGCUGAACACCAGCGCAAUAAUGACUGCUAUUUUGCAAAUUUAGCCAAACCUGAGGGCAAACUAACGGUCGGAGAAUUGCUUUCAGUCAUUCAAAACCGACAAAUAAAAAUCAUUGAGAGAUAUAACCAACAAAUGAUUGAAUUGGAAGAAUUGGAAAUGAAAUCUCUUGGUUUGGAUAUUGAGAAAUAG